AGUUUUGAAAAGCAAAGUCUCGUCACGAUAACUUAAAAACAGGUUUUAAUUUAUUUUUCUACGUCGUCUCGCCUUAGAAAAAAAAAACCGCACACAACUAAACACUCGAUUAAAUUGUCGAAAAAUAACAUUCGCCAAAUUUUACGAGAUAAUGCUAUCACCCGCGGUCGGGUGUUUCGAUUAUUAAAUAACAUUUUUUUCCCUCCCAGUUCUCUUCGCCUCUGUUUGCUUGACUUUGUGUGCGUUCCCCCCAAUCCAAGUAGUCUAACCAGCUAAGAAAACACCGAACCGAAUUUUACGCUUGCUGCGCUCAGUUCGAUUUCUUUUGCGCACCUGAAAACAGGUUCUGCACCGCGCGCCUACGGAUGGAUCUGUUCCACCGCCCAAGUUCUGCGCCGUCGCGAGCCGUCCGCAUGACGGCCAUGGCGCUGGGCGUUCCGCUGGAACUGCGGGAGCUGCACGGCGACCAGCAGCAUCUGCGGCCCCAGUACAGCAUUCCGACGCUCAAGGACCACGGGCUGGUGCUGUGGGAGAGCCACACGAUCCAGAUGUACCUGGUGGACCGGUACGGAUCGACGCCGGAGGACGAGGAGCUGUACCCGCGGGAGGCGGCGCGGAGGGCGUUGGUGAACCAGCGGCUGUUUUUCGACGCUUGUGUUUUGUACCACGGCUUUGUGGAGUAUUACGAGGAGCAAGUUUUUGACGGAUUGGGUGGGGACGGGAGGAAGUUGGAGUCGUUGAAGAAGGCCGUGGAAAUGGUGGACCUGUUUUUGGAGGGACAGCCGUACGUGACGGGGCAGGCCAUGACGAUCGUGGACCUGAGCAUGCUGGCCACGGUUGCUACGAUGGUGGCGCUCGGGUUCGAUUUGCGACCUUAUCAGAACGUUAGCGAGUGGUACAAACACAUGAAGGACGUCGCGCCAGGGUCGGACCUCAACGAGGAAGGGGCCAGGGAAUUUGCGAAGAUUAAAAGUAUUUAAGUUUUA